AUGUUUCUCUUUGUUUUUGCUAAAAUCCCAUUCCUCGUUCUACUUCUGUACAUCUUUGUGUGCUCCCUUGACGUUUUAAGCUCUGCCUUCCAACUGGCUGGAGGCAGGGUAGCAGGGGACAUCUUCCAAAAAAAUGCCAUCCUGUCUAAUCCAGUGGCUGGACUAGUGGUGGGAAUACUGGUGACGGUGUUAGUUCAGAGCUCCUCCACCUCCACCUCCAUCGUAGUCAGUCUGGUGUCCUCUGGUUUGCUAGAUGUUCAGUCAGCUAUUCCUAUCAUCAUGGGCUCCAACAUUGGAACAUCAGUCACUAAUACCAUAGUAGCUCUAAUGCAGGCUGGAGAGAGGGAGGAGUUUGAAAGGGCAUUUGCUGGAGCUACAGUCCAUGACUGUUUUAACUGGCUGUCUGUCUUGGUGCUUCUCCCUCUGGAAGCUGUGAGUGGUUUGUUAAGGCAUCUGUCACAGGCAACAGUCAACGCAAUCCACCUGGAGACUGGAGAAGAAGCACCAGGACUUCUUAAAGUCCUCACUGAGCCCCUCACAAAAAUGAUUAUCCAGCUGGAUCAGUCAGUCAUCACAGCAAUUGCUACAGGACACCAGGCUGUCAGAAACAGGAGUCUGGUUAAGCAGUGGUGUCAUACUGCACCCCUGACAGACAAUGAAACCACCUGGGGAACACACAACGUUUCAGAACAUACAGAGAAGUGUAACCAUCUGUUUGUGGCCUGCUCUUUGUCAGACCUGGCCAUAGGUCUGAUCCUCUUGGCCUGUUCCUUACUGGUGCUCUGUAGCUGUCUGAUACUGCUGGUCAAACUGCUCAACUCCCUGCUAAAGGGCCAGGUGGCCAAUGCUAUUAACAAGGUGGUUAAUACAGAUUUCCCUUAUCCUUUCACGUGGCUGGCAGGUUAUUUGGCUCUUCUAGUCGGAGCGGGCAUGACAUUUUUGGUGCAGAGUAGUUCGGUGUUCACCUCUGCUAUCACUCCACUCAUAGGGAUUGGCGUAAUCAGCAUUGAAAGAGCCUAUCCCUUAACACUGGGCUCCAACCUUGGAACCACUACAACAGCCACACUGGCAGCAUUGGCCAGUCCAGGGGAUAAGCUAGCAGCUGCCACACAGGUUGCUUUAUGUCAUUUUUUCUUCAACCUAUUUGGCAUCCUGCUAUGGUAUCCCUUACCAGCAACUCGCUUACCCAUCCGAAUGGCUUGCACCCUGGGCAACUGUACCGCCAGGUACCGCUGGUUUGCUGUGCUCUACCUCCUCCUCUGCUUCCUUCUGUUUCCAUCUGUGGUGUUCGCCCUCUCCAUGGCCGGCUGGAAGGUGAUGACUGGGGUUGGAGUACCUUUCAUUACGCUGAUCAUAUCUGUCGUGGCGGUGAAUGUGCUCCAGGCACGGAGACCUCAGUGUUUACCGGUCAGACUGCAGAACUGGAACUUUCUGCCUGCCUGGAUGACCUCGCUGCAACCCCUGGAUGACUUCAUUACCUCAGUGACCUUACGGUGCAGACAAAAGAGAGGUUGUAAGGGGAAGGAUGGGCCAGUAAGGACACACUCAAACAGCAUUACCUCUGAGCCUGACACAAAAGGAAGACAGAAAUGGAAGACGAGUGGCGAAGGUGUAAGGGUUGAUAUGAGCUGGAAGAAACAAACACAGGAAGAGCAGGAAAAUUGCAAAUUAGAAAACAUUGAUCCUAAGAGAGAUAAUAUGGCUCUAAAUAUGCCGUCAGAAAAUGAUGUGCAGAACAUAAAAAUAAAUGCAAACCGAAGCAGUACACUGAGCACUUGGUUGUAGUGCUGUUAACCCUUUAAAUGCACUGUAAUACGUAUUAAUCUACAGUUUUCCACAGCUGCAUUGAUAACAGACCAUCCACCGACAUACAUUUUUCCCUUUCAGACGAU